GACUCGUCGUAACCUCUACGGCCGCACGCCAUCGCAGUCGCCAUGUUCAUUCCGCCAAAGUCGACGAGCAAGAUGGAAGGCAGCUACGGCAGCGACAGCGGCCGCGACGAAUCCGGCCUCCUCCAGCGCAGCCUGCACCCGACGCAUGCGAACCUCAAGCCUUGGGACUUCCCCGGCUGGGGCAAGUACAUCAACACCGAGGUCAAGCCGGAGGAGCUGCGGGCCAUUGACGCUGAGCUCAAGAAGCGCGAGCACCCCAAGCUCUCGGAAUGGCCAGCAACCGCGAUCUGCGGCAAUGACAUCUUGUCCAGCUGCCUUUACGUCUCGGGCCUCGUGACGGCCAAGGCCGGGAAGCUCGCGCCUGUCUCGCUCGCGCUCGUGGCUGGCAUCUUGUACCUCUACCGGUUCAUCUAUGGCGAAGUGGUCAAUGCGAUCCCGAUGAACGGCGGCAGCUACAACGUGCUGCUCAACACGACGAGCAAGCGCGUGGCGUCGAUCGCGGCCUCGCUCGCGAUCCUCUCGUACAUUGCGACCGGCGUCGUCUCGGGCACGUCGGCGUGCACGUAUCUCUCGUCGACGUUCCCGGCGCUGCCCGUCGUGCCCUCGAGCAUCGGCCUCCUCUUCUUCUUCGCCGUGCUCACGUCCAUGGGCAUCUCCGAGUCGGCGAUCUUUGCCCUCGGCAUCUUCAUUCUCCACACGAUCACGCUCGUUACGCUCUGCGUCAUGUCCAUGCUCUACAUGUCCCGCGACAACUUUGCCAUUUUGUACGACAACCUCUUCGAGACGUCGUUCCCGGACGUCAACGUCGCCGGCACCUGGGUCACUGGUGACGUCUUCACCGCGCUCUUCUUUGGCACGUCGACAGCGAUGCUUGGCAUCUCGGGCUUUGAGAGCUCGUCGCAGUUUGUCCAGGAGCAAGCACCUGGCGUGUUUCCCAAGACGCUCAAGAACAUGUGGUGGGGCGUCGCGAUCUUCAACCCGCUCAUCUCGCUUCUCUCGCUCGGCGUCAUGCCGAUGGCCAACAUCAACAUGGUCAAGAACACAGUGCUCUCGCAGAUGGCGCUGGUUGUCGGCGGCCCAACGCUCCAGACCAUCGUGUCGCUCGACGCGUUCAUCGUGCUCUCGGGCGCUGUCCUCACCGCCUACGUCGGCAUCAACGGGCUUGUCCGGCGGCUGGCCAGCGACCACAUUCUGCCGGCGUUCCUCAUGCAAGAGAACAGCUGCCGCCGCACGAACCACUGGAUCCUCUUUGGGUACUUUGGCGUUGCGACGUCGCUCGUCCUUGUGCUGGAAGGCAACGUCGAGACGCUCUCGGGCGUCUACACCUACGCGUUCCUUGGGCUCAUGACGCUCUUUGGCUCGGGCUGCAUGCUGCUCAAGUUCAAGCGCGCGGACCUCAAGCGCGACGUGAUCGCGCCGUGGUGGGCGUGCAUCCUCGGCGUCUCGCUUGUGAUCGUCGCCUUCUUUGGCAACCUCUGCGGCGACCCGACGAUCCUGACGUACUUUGCGCUCUACUUUUCGUGCGUUCUCCUCGUGGUCUUCCUCAUGUUCGAGCGUCUCUUCUUCCUCCGCCUCGCCAUGUACGUGCUGCAGCGCAUCUGCCCGUCGACGCGCAAGGAAGAGACCAAGCCGUUGGCCACUGGCGCGCGCGGCGGGCGCACGAUCGUCAAGGCCAUGCGGCGCAUCACCGAGGCGUGCCCGACCGUCUUCUUCUGCAAGCAGGCGGACCUUGCGAGCAUCAACAAGGCGAUUUUGUACGUGCGCCAGAACGAGCAGACGAGCCGCCUCGUGAUCGUCCACGUCUACGACGCCGAGACGGGCGUCCCCGACCUUUUCGGGGAGAGCAUCGUCAUGUUCGACAAGAUCUACCCCAAGCUCAAGAUCGACUUGGUCGCGGUCGAGAGCGUCUUUGGCCCCGCGCUCAUCGAGUGGGUCGCGACCGAGUACAGCAUCCCAAAGAACAUGAUGUUCAUCAAGCAGCCAAGCGCCGAAGCGACCUUCAACAUUGCGUCCCUCGGCGGCGUCCGCAUCAUCACGGGGUAACGUGAGAGAACGUGUCUUUCUUACUCGCUAUCGACUAAGAUCUCGUCCGACCAG